AGAGAGAGAGAGCGAGAGAGAGAGAGAGGAGAGGUAUACAUCUCUCUUGUGAAAGCGCCCCUUCUCCUUUCCCCCUUCCUUGCCCCUGGUUGUUACUCUAGGCUUAGGCAUCCUCCCCUCCAUCUGUUACAUCCCUUCUCUGUCCGUGUGUUGUGUUUCUUAAAUUCCGUUUGGGAAACUACUGAAUCUGCACCAUCAGCAUUACCAUAUUCUCCCAUAAACAAACUCCAGUCCUUAAUUAUUUAAUCUCUUUCUUAAUUUCAUUGCAUUACCACUGUUAGUAUACUGCUACUAGUCUGUCUGUCUUAUGAUGUAACAUCCUCCGCCAUUAGUCAGUAGAUAAAUUUAGUACAAGUGUGACUCAUUUUAAUUUUGAGUUCGAAGAAAGAAGCAAAGACAAAGACAAAGACCCAAAAAAAAAGGCGAGGCGCUGCGGUGGCUUUCAACUACUCCAACACGCACUCUUGUAGACGAUGAUGAAACUAAACAUUCUGCUGUUGAAUGUGUAAAGAGAAAGAAGUAUUGCUGCAUUUGCUCGGUUAUUAGGGUUUCCAUCUUUCUCUUCUUAACUCUUAAUGCCAUGACUACUAAACGCGCCUACAAGCUGCAGGAAUUUGUGGCACAUUCUUCGAGUGUCAAUUGCCUUAAGAUUGGCAGGAAAUCAUCCAGGGUUCUUGUGACCGGAGGAGAAGAUCACAAAGUCAAUCUUUGGGCUAUUGGUAAGCCCAAUGCUAUACUGAGUUUGUCCGGACAUACAAGUGGGAUUGAUUCGGUAAGCUUUGAUUCUUCAGAAGUCCUUGUAGCUGCAGGAGCUGCGAGUGGCACAAUCAAGCUUUGGGAUUUAGAGGAGGCAAAAAUUGUUCGCACACUCACUGGCCACAGAUCCAAUUGCAUAUCUGUAGACUUUCACCCUUUUGGAGAGUUCUUUGCAUCUGGUUCCCUGGACACAAAUCUUAAGAUAUGGGAUAUCAGAAAGAAGGGCUGUAUUCACACUUACAAGGGCCACACUCGAGGAGUGAGUGCAAUCAGAUUUACCCCAGAUGGUCGUUGGGUUGUAUCUGGUGGAGAGGACAAUACAGUAAAGCUGUGGGAUUUGACUGCUGGAAAGCUAUUGCACGAUUUCAAGUACCAUGAGGGCCAGAUUCAGUGCAUAGAUUUUCAUCCCCAUGAGUUUCUUCUUGCAACAGGUUCUGCUGACAGGACUGUAAAAUUUUGGGACCUUGAAACCUUUGAGCUAAUAGGUUCUGCUGGGACAGAGACAACUGGAGUGCGUUGUUUGACCUUUAAUCCUGAUGGGAGGACUCUACUGUGUGGAUUGCAUGAAAGUUUGAAAGUUUUCUCAUGGGAACCAAUAAGAUGCCAUGACGCCGUGGAUGUGGGAUGGUCUAGGUUGUCAGAUCUCAAUGUUCAUGAAGGAAAGCUUCUUGGAUGCUCAUACAAUCAGAGUUGUGUAGGAGUGUGGGUUGUAGAUAUAUCGCGUAUUGAACCGUAUGCAAUUGGAAAUGCCAACCGAUUCAACAAUCAUUCAGAAUCUAAAUCUGGUGCAAUUGGGAACCAAUCAGUCCUGCUUGAGAACAACUCAAAGACUAGCAUGGGAAGGUUAUCUGUUUCACAAAAUUCUGAUGUUUUAGUAAAGGAAACAAAAUCUCUUGGAAGGUUGGCAGUUUCUCAAAAUUCAGUUUCUGGGAAUGAGGCUUCUAAAGAAUCAAAGAUUUUGCCAUCUGCAGGAAGUGUACCUGGUACUCCUCAAAGAGUGAACUUAAACACUGGGUUGAAGACAACUAUGACCGGACCUCUAACAGUUUCUAGCGGCGCAGCCCCAAAGAGGAGUUCUACAAAGAUCCUUUCAGCUGCUAAUGUUCCAGUCUUGAACAAGGCAGAUGUCAUACCUGUAAUUGUCCCCAGAACUAACUCCAGAUCAGAGCAAGUAGCUGACUCCAGAAAAGAAAUUGGUAUUGCUGCUAGGACAAUGCCAUUUUCUUUGCAGUCAAAGACAACUGAUUUCCGGAAAUUUUCAAAUAGUAGAGAGGACAUGGACCAGCCAACUACCUCUACCCAGUCUGAGACAACAGGUUGCAAGGCUACAGAACCGAUAAGUGUCGUGGAUAGGAAUAUUACUCCUGCAGUUAAAGCCUCUAUUCAUGGAAUAUCAACUGCUGAACGAAAUAUUGGGGAUGAUAGAUCUAUGGGAUCUGGAAACUAUGAGUCAGAUUCGACAACAGAGCCACCCACUAGUUACCAGGAAGAAAACUGUGAGACUCGUGGACAUAAAAUAAACAGAGAUGCACCCACCAUCGAGAGUCAGAAAGGAGGAAGAAUGCGUUCACUUAUGAUAAACUGGGAGAAAAGGGGAAGAUCUUCUAGCUAUGAGGGACCUACUUCCGGCACUUCCACUGGGACAGGAUCUGUGGUGAAUGUGCUCCCUCUUAAUAUGUUUAAACAGAGAGGACGCACCCCAUCCAUUGAAAAGGAAACGGUUUCUGCUUUUGACGAGGAUGUUAUUGCAGACUUAAUGGAACAGCAUGACCAAUUUGUCAGCUCUAUGCAGUCUCGUUCUGCCAAGUUACAGGUUGUCUACAGAUAUUGGGAGAGAAAUGAUGUUAAGGGGGCCAUUGGUGCAAUGGAGAAGAUGGCUGACCAUGCUGUCCUUUCUGAUGUUAUCAGUAUCGUGGCUGAUAAAAUUGACAUUGUCACUUUGGAUAUAUGCACAUGUCUCCUGCCACUUCUUACUAACAUGCUUGAAAGUGACAUGGAUAGGCAUUUGAGCAUUUCCCUGGACAUGCUGCUGAAGCUGGUCAGAAUGUUUGGUUCAAUGAUAUAUUCAACACUAUCAGCGUCAACAUCUGUUGGUGUGGAUAUCGAAGCAGAGCAAAGGCUGGAACGUUGCAAUAUCUGCUUUGUAGAGCUUGAAAAAGUCAAACGCUGCCUGCUUACCCUUACAAGGAAAGGGGGAUCGGUUGCAAAGUUUGCGCACGAGCUAAAUCUAGCUCUUCAAGAAGUAUCAUGACCAAACUCCAAAUUCUUCCGAGUGGCGACUGCUGAUUGUUUUAGCCAUACAUGGUUUGAAUUAUAAGUUCUUUGUGGGAGGAGCAGAGCUUGUGCACUUGUAGGAGUUAAAACUGCUUGCCAUGGAUCUGCAUUCUGAGUUUUCUGCCUGCUUGGCCCCAGACCUCCGUGUACAUUCAUGAUAAAUGGAGGCAUUAACCACUGAUUCUAUCUAGUUUACUGAAAAAGACUUGAAAGCUAACAGGGGUGUAUCUUCAUCGAGUGCUUGCUGCGGAGUCUUGGCACUCAUCAAUGUGGUAAUUGGUGGAAAAGGAUUUACCCACCCAGUAUGUAGGAGACAGAUUGUAACGUUGGCAUGUAUCAAUUUCAUUCUUUUUUGAAUACCUAUCAUAAGUGGAAAUAGAGAAACUUGGCUUAAGAGUGCA